AGGCCGUAUGCUUCUUCCCAAUGUUCGAGCCAUCGUGACUGGCGCAGCAGGAGGGCUAGGAAGCACGUUCUGCAGGAGAUUGCUCGAGAAUGGAGCAAGUGUGCUUGCGGUUGACGUCAACUCUGCGAGAUUAGAACAACUCAAAGAGGGAUUGAAGAGCUCAAAGUUUCAUGUCCAGACUGCAGAUAUCUCAAAGGAAGACAGCGUCAGGUCUAUAUUCGAAGCGGCGGAGAAGAGCAUGGCGGGAAGCAACGUCUUGGUCAACAAUGCGGGGAUCCUUCGCGACAAGGCCCUGGUGAAGCGAGACAAGUCCAGCGGUAAGGGGAUGCAUGGGAUGUCCAAGGAGGAGUGGGAUGCUGUCAUCUCGAUCAACCUGACUGCUCCUUUUCUGUGUGCUCGGGAGUUUGCUUCUCGGAUGAUCGGCUCGGGCCAGGAAGGCGUCAUCGUGAACAUAAGCUCCUCCGCCCGUAACGGGUAUGUCUUUCAGAGCAACUACAGCGCGGCAAAGGCUGGGCUGGCAGCUGACACCGUCGUGUGGGCAAAGGAGCUGGCGAAACACAACAUCAGGGUGGGAGCCAUUGCACCUGGAGUUGUACAUACUCAAAUAUUGGAUUCCGUUCCGAAGAAUUUACUUGACGAGCUCAUAGCAAAAGUCCCGCUAGGACGACUGGGUCAGGAAGACGAAGUUUGGCAGGGUCUGAAAUUCAUCUUAGAAUGCAACUAUUUUACAGGUCGAGUAGUGGAGAUAGAUGGCGGAAUCACGCUCUAGCACAAAGUACAGGUUGCCGAUGGUAAG